GCCCACAAGGAUGGCACGUUUGUUUUGAUUACUGGUCAUCACACCGUAUCACUGUAUAAUUUUCUGUUUCACCCAGGACAUUUCACUUGGGACCAGGGGCGGACUGACCAUUUGGAAACUCGGGCACUGCCCGAGGGCCCGUGGGUCAGUAGGGGGCCCCAUGAGAUGCCCCUGGUACCUUUUUCAUAGGCUUUUUUGAGUUUGGGCAAGGACACAGGGGCCCCAUGAUCCCCUAUUGCCUGGGGGCCCCAUGAGUUGUCAGUCCG